AUGACUUUGGUUGCAAGACCCAUUCCUCCUACACCUCCCCAAUCUACAGACGGACAUCCCUUGCCCGAAGAGUCCUUCCAAGGUCCUGGAACGUACCGAGCAGUGUGCAUCAACAUGCAGAUGUCUGGUGAAAUCAGUGGCCAAGAAAUACACUACGGGUCUCCUCCGUUCUACACCGUCCCCGGUUAUCCUCACAUGCCUCCUCAAUCGAUCAUGUCUGGCCAGGUCACCACGCCUCCUCCGGUAUCUGAUGAAGAUCUCGUCCCAAUGGGGUCACCUACCAGGACCUCUUCGCCAGCUUGGUCACGGUCCCCCAGUUCUCGUGCUAAAACACCAGUCAGAGACGCUCCAGUCAGGGCAGCCCGACAGCGGCGCAACCGUAACCGGAGAGAACUCUCCGAUUCAGGUAUCCAGCUUGAGGGACCCAUCAGUCAGCUUACUGAAUCUUUUCACACUACUCCUAUCAAAGACAUGGACGCCUGGGUCUCUCGAUCGGCCUCUGAGCGACAGGACGAGGUCCGCAAGAAGAACGGGAAGAUCUCUCGACCCAUGAAUUCCUUCAUGCUUUAUCGGUCUGCAUAUGCCGAGCGCACCAAGCGACUAGUGGGUGCGAACAACCACCAGAUCGUCUCCAAGAUCGCUGGCCAGGGCUGGAAGCUAGAGCCGGUUGAGAUCCGACGGAAAUACGAAGAUCUAGCAAAGCUCGAACGUGACAACCAUGCCGCAACACAUCCUAACUACAAGUUCUCCCCCAACAAAGCCGCAACCACUGCCAGCCGACGUGAUAGUGGCUCUCCUGCCCUCACACCAGGACAUGUUGCCGAUGAAGGCGGUUUCUCUGACAUGGAAAGUGACCUUGGAUCGACGACGUAUCGCGGGUCUCCUUACGCCCACUCACGAUCCCAAAGCUUCGAAGAGGCCUACUACGAUAGUAGCCGGGAUUCCUCACCAUUUGGGCCUGACUCCAUGAUGACACCCGGAUAUAUUCACCCCUCCUGGCAAAACACAAGCCAUCCCAGUGGCCUCCCAAUGAUGCAGCCCACCGAAUCCUACGGAGACAUGCACUACCGCUCCAACAGCCCUCAACAGGAUAUGGGAUAUGGCUCUUCCCUCGCCGGUCUCCCUGGUGCCACUCACCAUGAGUUGCUCCAGCCUCAGCUUACUCACUCGCACGGUCUCCCCAUGCACGACAUGGACCCCCGUCUUCUCAGCAACGGCGAGUCUGGAGUUUCCGCCAUGUCCGCUCCUUCCUAUGCCAACCCUGGCUCAUACACUUGGGCUGACGAGACUCCAACCGGCUAUUACACAGCCUCAUCGGCGCCGGCCAUGUCUUCCGGCGCCGUUUCAUACGCGCAUUCCAGCAUGACCUCUGCCUACCUCCCCAGCAUGCAGAGCCUCGAAGGCCGGGAUCCAUCAUGGGAUAUGGUUCGCCAUGAAAGCAUGGCUGACCCCACCAGCUCUGAGUUCGAGAUGUGGUGCUCCACUGAGCCCAACUCUAACAACUAUUAA